UGUCAAUCGGUAAAAACGUAUAUGGAUUAAGAUGUAAUCAUUUAUUUCAUUGCAUUGCCGUAUAGGACAUAUUCUACAUCGCGAAUGGCUACGGUGAAAGAUACCAGUGAGGAUUUAUAUCAAUUGUUCUAAUGAAAGAUGAAAUAUGGAUAGACAUCAACUGAACGCUGCUUAUUGCAUAAAAUGCAUUUGGAUUAUUAUAUCAUUAUUUUCAUACUUGGUGGACUCCUGGUCCUUCCACAUGUACCACAAUUUUAUGUUGACAGGUCCAAAGGCUCACAUUGCAAUGGCUGAUAGCGUAGCAGCCGGGGCGCUGACGGGAGUCAAGGAAUGCAAAUAUCAGUUCAAAUGGGACCGCUGGAACUGCCCAGAGCACACUCUGUUUAAACGUAACGGUCCUAGAGCCAAUAAGGAGCAUUCGUUCGUCCACGCCAUCAGUUCUGCGGGUGUUAUGUACAUCAUCACAAGAAACUGCAGUCAGGGCGACUUUGACAAUUGUAACUGUGAUGUGUCACGAGAUGGCAAAUUUACCUUUCAGGAAAAUGGGGUCAAGUGGAAGUGGGGAGGAUGUAGUGAUAAUGUUAUAUUCGGGGAGCAAAUCUCCGAACAGUUCCUAGACGCGUUGGAAACGACUAAAGAUUCCAGGGCAACUGUAAUAAGACACAACAACGCCGUUGGCAGAUCGGCUGUUUAUAAGACGCUCAUAAUGAGGUGUAAAUGCCAGGGCGUAUCGGGAGCAUGCACCAUGAAAACAUGCUGGCGUCAACUAUCAGAAUUUCGUAAGGUCGGCGAAUAUUUAAAGAAGCGCUAUAAGCGCUCCAUAAAAGUAGAGUUCUUCGAGGGCGAACUUUCGAAUGGUGCACGAACCGUACCGAAGAUUGUACCCAGUAACGAUAUCAGUCGGGCUGAUUUAGUGUACCUCGAUAAAUCGCCAGAUUACUGCACGUUUAAUGACACUCUGGGUAAUAGGGGGACGGAAGGGAGGGAAUGCCGUCGACCCAAAAAGGGCGACAAUCCUUUUGACAAACAUGCGAAAGGGAGUUGUAGACGUUUAUGCUCCGCUUGCAACCUUGCUGUUGAGAAAAAACCAGUGGAAAUAAGCGAAAGAUGUAACUGUAAAUUUCAUUGGUGCUGUGAAGUCAAGUGUGAUCAAUGUGUUGAAAACGUUGAAAAAUUGACGUGUGUCCGGAAAGAAAAAAAAGUACGGAAGGAACCAGAGUCUUGA